AUGACACCGGUUCAAGUGAUUUAUUACAUCAUUUUUCCAAUUGUUUUACCAAUCAGUGGAGCUAAAACCUCUAGAACUGCUAAGGACGCUCAUACCGACCUCAUUACUAUUGGAUAUUUAUGGCAGUAUGCUACAAAUAACGAGCCUUUUAUCAAAUUUCUUAACCAAUUUGGAUUAUCUCCCGAAAAGGAUGAGACUCAUAUAAUUCGGAUUAUGACGCAUAAAACGAAGAAAUGGAAAGACCUGCUAGAAAGUCGCACUGAUGUAGAUGUGGAACUGAUACCCUGGUCACAGGAACAAACAAUAAUAAAUAUUCAUAAAAGAUGUGACGAAAUGAAUUUAGCCGAAUUUACACUGCUCCAUGACAUUGUUAAUACGACACGCAACAACCUACUUAUUAUUGACUCUGAUAGAAAGUCAAGCGAUAGAAUUAGCAUUUUGGUACGGACCGCAACUAAAUGCAAUCACUGCGCUCAAUCAGCUGGGAAAGUUUUUCCAACCAUUUAUUUUUGUAAUAAUAUAGUUGGCUAUAACUGGAUAAACAAACUAGGAAUAACGUGCGACACAGCAAUGCUUUUACUACCUAAUGAUUUAAGACAUAAGAGUAAUGUCUAUUCUUUGAUGCCUCAAAUUUUCGUAUCCGCUACCGAGCACAAGUAUCAUAAUCAUUUUUAUCACAGCACACAACAGUUACGUGCAGCACACAAGACACACCAGGAUGCACGAGGUCAUCACGUGCUCAGCAAACACCGAAGAAAACAUCGUAUUUAUACGAAAAAAUAUAAACUUUUGAAGUUAUAUCGGGAACAGCAAACUAAGCGGAAGACCCGAAAAGAAGCAUCUGAUGUUUUAGAAGUACCAAUUGGAAGACGGAAGUUGCUCUGCAAAUACCGAAAAUCAUGCUAUAAUACGGGCAUUAUUCCGAAAACAUGGAAUAUACACAAUAUUCUACCACGAUUUAUGACGGGUUCAUAUGAACAGGAAAAUUGCUCUGAAAAAGGAAGCACGACCGAAAUGCAUACGAGGAAUGAAAAUGAAGAGAGAGAAGAGAUUAGCGAAGCAGAACUAAAACUUCUGUGUCGUUACCGCAAAUCGUGUUAUGAAGAAAUAGGUGCUGAGAUCGAGAAAAGUGCUCUGAAAGUUCAAACAGGACCAAUUUUUUCUCGUGAUAUUACCAUUUUACCAGCAACAAAACAAAAGUCAACCAAAGAAAUUGCCAGAAUAGCACUGGCAAAAAUAGAAGAAAAAGAAAGAAAUGCAGCACUGAGACCUAUCCCCACGAAAGUGAUUAUUGAAAAGAAUCUCAACAAAGUCACAGAAAAAAUGAAGAAACGUCUGUCUUGCAAAUAUCGGAAAUCCUGUUAUGAAACUGGUAUCCUUCCGGAAAUCGAUAUCUCAUCCGACAACUUAUUACAAAAAAUUUACCAUUUUCUAAUACGACGAAAUCGUCAGGAACGCAUGCAAGAAACUAUUCACAAGGAAUUUACUGAUUUUAAUAACAAUGAAAAAAGAAUUUAUUGUAAAUAUCGAAAGUCUUGCCUCAGUACUGGCCAAAAGAUUGCAAUAAACCAUGGCCAAAAUUUCAAAUAUCUAAAUAUUUUUAAUAAGUAUGAUAAAGUGAUUCCUUUAAAGAUACGUUGCAAAUACCGGAAAUCGUGCUAUGAUACUGGAACUUUACCUAAUCUAAAGGAAAAAAUUGCCAAAGAAGAAAUACCGUCAAGAGUACCAAUGCAAACAGUUAUAUCGCUAUACCACUUGAAAACACUCUGCAAAUACAGAAAAAGUUGCUACAAACGAAAAGCCGAAGAGCAACAGAAUUUAAAUACUGGGUUACUUGAUGAGGCUGAAACACAUGCUAAGGAUGAAAUACAACAAAAAGAAGAGGAAAAGAGAGAAAAAAAGAAAAUUACUAAAUCAUUCCAAAAAGAACCAGUACUCAAAUCUGAGAAAACUGAGGAAACAAGUGUAUCCAAAAAAAUGGAGCGCACUUUCGAAACAAAACUUGUGAAGGAAACUAGUAACAAAAAGCUAAUCAAAAAAUCAAAAGUCUUUGUUCCCAUGUUGGAGGAGAAAAGGAUGGCAGCAGCAACAGGAAAUGAGAAAUUUGAAGGAACUGUAUAUAAACCAAGAAAAAAGAGAACCAAAGAACAUACUGAAGAAACAUCAAUAAAACCGACAAAGAAGAUUCAGAAAACAGUUACAUCGACAGCAAUUAUGAAAGAACCGAUAACUGAGGAAAUAGUUCCAGAACAUGCAGGAUCUAAGGAAGAGAAAUCAAAAAUUGAAAAAAUAGAGAAGGAAAUGAGAAUUAAGAAUGAAAACAUCAUGAAGGAAAAGAAAAUUUUUGUAGAUAAAAAAGAUUUUGAACAAGAACUGUUAUCAACAGUGACGGAUGUGCAACCAUCACGUGUCAAGGAAGUACAAUCAAUAUCCUUACAAAAUGAGAACAUAACAGUUCCUAGGGAAGUAAACAUUUAUGACAAAAACUUAAGCCCAUUAAAUAUUAAGCUCUUAUGCAAAUACCGUAAGUCAUGUUAUGAAAACGGCAAACUGCAAUCAGUCCAAAUCAUAAAGGCACCACAAGAUUUCCAAGAAAAGAAAGACCAUAGACAGCUUGAAAUACGAUGCAAAUAUCGAAAAUCGUGCUAUGAAACGGGUAAGUUGCCAGAAAACCUUCAAGAAAACUUCAAGAUGACACAUUUCACCAAAAAGGAGGAAGAACAUAUUCCAAAAAAACAUAGCUUAGAAGAAAAUAUCCCACUCACAUUAAGAUGCAAGUAUCGAAAAUCAUGUUACGAAACCGGAAAACUGCCACCAAUUAAAAUAAGUAUAUUUGGAUUCUCAGAAAUUCCAAUUUCGAACGAAUAUAAAAAUAAGGAAUCUGCUGAAGAGGAACUAAGUACCGAACAAUUAAAAUUACGUUGCAAAUACCGAAAAUCAUGCUAUGAAACUGGCAUACUUCCAUCAUAUUUAAAUCAUACAUCAUACGUAGUUAUUGCUUCUAUUAAAGAGUACGACAGCCCACAACUAAAAUGUAAGUAUCGCAAAUCCUGUUAUGAAAGCAUAGAACUGGAUAUACAAUUAGACAAAGUGCGUAAAAAGGAAGCGCAGAAAAAAAUGCAGGAAGGAAUAGUAAAAUCGCCCCACCAAACAGAACCGGUUAUCAAACAUAAGGAAAAAGAACAGAAGGACAAGGUACAAGAGAAAGUUACGGAUGAGGCAAGCAAGCGAACUCAGAAAAAGAAAAAUAAAGAGCUUCAAUUUGACGCUAAAGAACAUGAGUAUAUGCAGAGAGAGCUGCUCGAUUAUUCACAACCACGACAAAAAGCAACCAAACUACGAUCGCUAAAUAGUGCGCAAAAGCUUAAAUGCAAAUAUAGGCUAAAAUGCUACAGUAGUGUUCCGCUGCAUCAGGUUGCUGAAGAAAAAAGAAUCGAAAAGCUGCGACAAUUAAAUAUUAAAGAUUUUCGUCGUGCAAAUGGCGCCAUUUGUAAUAUCUAUUAUAUAUCAUGUCGGAAACAGGCUGGCUUGCCCAUUCUUGAGCGUGCACCAAUAGGACCGAAUGGGCGACGUCUCUGCCGGAAGAAGAAAAAAGAGAAAAUUAGUGACUAA